UCCUAGCCUGGGAACCUCCAUAUGCCAAGGGUGCGGGCCUGAAAAUACAAAACGACAAAAAUAAUAAAUAAAUAAAUCAGAUGCAAAAUCAUCUGAUUUAUUACCACUUCUCUGUUAACGUGUGUACUACUCCUGUAGAAAAUUUAGAUAGUUGGUGAUAUUAUCUGUGUUCUCUGAUAUAGCAAUUAUACACACUUGGGCAAAUUUCAUAGCCAGAGGAUUUUAGCUUUAAGAUCACAACUGCUUAGAGAGCAACCCAGACCUCAUGUGUUGGUUACAAAUGGAAUAAAGGCAAGACAGGUUGGGACCUGUGACCAGUGUUCUUGGUAAGUGUUUUUUAAAGUAGUCCCUGUCAAUGUGAAAAGAGAUGUGUCCAAGAACUUAAAUUUCUCAGAGUCCAUAAAAGACCUUUUUUUACGGGGAGGGAUGAAGCUGAAAGUAUUAAGGGCUCUGUCUCUCCUCUGCUUCUCCCCACUUAAAAAAAAUUUUUUUUAUGUUUGGAAAUUGUUGAUCAAGGAUUGGGAACCAAGCCAAGUCAUCAGGCAGGAGAAACAGCUAGGUUCAUAAUUCCUUCAUGUGCCCGGAUACAGGGAAAUCAAUAUGAAAGGAGAUCAGAUUAGUAAACUGGAACAAAAUCAUGGUCUUAGAGGUCUUUGCUUUGCAGUAGCUCAUAUGCAGCUGUAGCUGUUUUAAGUAGUGGUUGUUACAUAGUUAUGAGACUCUGUCUCUAAGAAUUUAAGGUAAAUGUAUUGUGAUACAGGAGGGUCUAAGAAAUAACAAUAGAACCCAUUGUUAGUAGCUUAGUGGGUAGAUUAAAACUUUGCCCCACACUCAGCAUAAUAUUAGAAGAUAUUAACAGCAAGGUAAUAGCAAAUUCAGAACUGUGGUCCACAUAAAUUAUUUUUGAACUGCCUCUGCUUCUUUCCUCUUCUAGAAAUUGUCACAGUGUUAAAUACUUACCCUCAGUUUACAUUAAGAUGAGAUGUUCAGUAAAGAUGUUUUCUGAAUGUAGCCUAUUAUACUGAGUACAAAAUGGGAUUUUUGUGAUGUUUGGAAGGUGGCGGUGAGAGGGGCAGGUAAUGUCAUGUGGAAUUCAUAUUUUCUCUGGCAGCUUUGAUGCUCUUCAGAAAUGAAAAAAUGCUGACAUAGCAAUAAUGAAGAAUGUUUUUGUCUCUCAUAGGGUGUACUUCUCUUGCUCGUGGGUCAUACAUGUGGCAUAAGCAGAGAAAUGUAAAUUUUUAGGUUUAUAUUUAUGGAUGUUUUUGUAGUCCAGUGCAAAUUAAAGUGGAAAACUUAUAGUUAGCAGUGAUAGUGGCAGCAUACUGCAAAACAGUUCUAAGUCAGUUGUAGAUAUUAAUAAAGUUAAAACAAACGAAAUGUGCCUAUUCUUUUUUCUUACUUAGGGCUUUUACUCUCAAUCUGACAUCACUUUAUUUCAAAUGCAUUGUAAGACAGGAAGAACACUGAGAUAGUAUCAAAACCCACUUCCUUUUAUGUGCAAAAAUAAAGAGCUCUGACAGCAAAACUGAUACUUCAAGUUGGAAAUCUAUAGAAACUCUCUUGGUAUAGGUAUGCCUUUUAGCUAGAUAAGGACAGAGAACAGAGCUUUGAAAUUCUAUCCAAUAUUAAAACUAGUUUAUUGAUUUGUUUGGAAGGUGGAAGAACUUAGAAGUUUGUAGUUUGGGUUCCUAAUUUUCAGACAGGAAACAAUGUUCAGAGAAGAGCUUUAUGAAAUUUCAAGCAAAGUAUCGUCUAGACUGUCACAGCCGUCUUCUCCCCAGUCAGGGUGCCCAUCACCCACCAUUCCAGCAGGUAAAGUCAUUUCUCCGUCACAGAAGCACAGCAAGAAGGCACUAAAGCAGGCUCUAAAACAGCAGCAACAGAAAAAGCAGCAGCAGCAGCAAUGCAGGCCAAGCAUGUCCAUCUCCUCCAACCAGCACCUCUCUCUGAAGACUGUCAAAGCAGCCAGUGACUCCAUACCGGCCAAGCCUGCAAUAUGGGAAGGAAAGCAGUCUGACGGACAGUCAAGCAGCCCUCAGAACUCAAACUCUAGCUUUUCUUCUUCAGUUAAAGUGGAUAAUCCUUUGCUAGGCCUGGGGAAGAAGUCAUUCCCAAGGUCUGACAGGCUCCAUACAAGGCAGAUGAAGAGGACUAAAUGUGCUGAAAUUGAUGUUGAGACACCUGACUCCAUUCUGGUUAAUACAAACCUUCGAGCACUAAUUAACAAACACACCUUUUCCGUCCUCCCUGGAGAUUGCCAGCAGCGACUGCUUUUGCUGCUGCCAGAGGUGGAUCGACAGGUUGGUCCAGAUGGUCUGAUGAAGUUAAAUGGCUCAGCCCUUAACAAUGAGUUCUUUACCUCAGCAGCCCAAGGCUGGAAGGAAAGACUUUCAGAAGGAGAAUUUACACCUGAGAUGCAGGUGAGGAUUCGACAAGAGCUUGAGAAGGAGAAAAAAGUAGAACCAUGGAAAGAACAAUUCUUCGAAAGCUAUUAUGGUCAAAGUUCUGGCCUGAGCCUUGAAGAUUCAAAGAAAUUGACAGCUUCACCUAGUGAUCCCGAAAUAAAGAACACCUCAGCCGAGCAACCAAAACCUGUGCUUCCUUCCGAGGCCUCUCCUGUCAGUACCGUCCCAGUAAUUCCCCAUUACGAGGCUAAAGAAGUCCUGCAAAUGCCAUCACCAGGCAGGAAAGAAGAGCAGGAAGGCCAAGAUAAGGUGCAGCCAGGCUCCCAGUCCAUAGAGCCCCUGCUUUCCUUAGCUACCAGUACAAAUGAGCUUAGCAGCGUUCCUGUCAUCAAGGGCCCGAAGGAUGAGGCUCUCUUGGAGCAAAAGCCGGUUGCCUCUCCUGAACAGGAGUCUGAGAAAGAGAAUCAUCUCACUACAACUUCAUGUUGUAACAGAAACGAAAGCCAAGAAGCUGCAGUUACAUCCCUGAGCAAACCCAGGAGUCCUGGGGUGGAAGCAACAGUAAUGAAGCCCACAGUGGAAGCAGGUCCACAGGAGACCACGAUGAAAGAGCCUCCAUCAGCUCUGGCCGAUCACAGCCCAGAAAGCCUCAAGAGGAAGUCUUCUCUCACCCACGAAGAGGCCCCUACGAGCUGGGAAAAAAGGCCACGUGUCAUUGAGAAUCGCCAGCACCAGCAGCCAUUUCAAGUCUCCCCACAGCCCUUUCUCUGUAGAGGGGACAGGGUCCCGGUGCGGAAAGUACCACCUCUCAAGAUCCCGGUCUCCAGAAUCUCCCCAAUGCCGUUUCCUACAUCGCAGGUCUCUCCCAGGGCUCGUUUUCCAGUCUCCAUCACUAGUCCUAACAGAACAGGAGCCAGAACUCUUGCAGACAUCAAAGCAAAAGCCCAGCUGGUCAAAGCACAGAGGGCAGCAGCUGCUGCUGCAGCCGCAGCUGCUGCAGCCGCCUCAGUUGGAGGGACCAUUCCAGGACCUGGCCCAGGGGGUGGACAGGGCCCAGGAGAGGGGGGUGAGAGGAAAGCUGCUAGAGGAGAGAGUCCAGACUCAAACAGAGUCAGUGAAACUGGAAAGGGCCCCACACUGGAACUGGCAGGAACUGGAAGCAGGGGAGAUACGAGAGAGCUUUUAUCCUGUGGUCCAGAGACUCAGCCCCAAUCUGAGAGCAAGACCCCAGGCCAGGCACAGUCUCAUAGUGUCUCUGGAGCACAACUACAGCAAACCCCCCCAGUGGCUCCAACAUCUGCCAUCAGUGGAGCCUGCGCAAGAGUCUCACCACCAGCCCACACUCACACACCCCCACCAGCUUUAGGGAAGUUGAGUAAUGAAAAACUGAAUUCCACCAGGGCAACGGCCACAGUGGCCUCUCCUAGCCACCCACCAGGGCCCAGUAAUUGUAGGCAGGAGAAAGCACCUCCUCCAGCAAAUCCUGCUCCGGUCUCAGGUGCCUCACCUGUUCAUUUUAUAGCCGAUGGCAUAGUUGAGCCCAAAGCAGGUUCUAGUAAGAAUACAUCAAACCCUUCAUCCUCAGCAGAGAGAAGUGCUAGUGCUUCAGUGGAUAUGACUCCCUUCCCUUUAACAUCUCUAUUGACAACAGCCACUUUAGAAAAGCUUCCUGUACCCCAGGUCACUGUAACGAGAGCACCUACUGGAUCAGCUCCAUCCUCUUUGAGCACAUUGCCAGCAGCUCCUAGCCUUAAAACUCCAGGAACUUCAAAUAUGAAUGGACCCAUUGCAAGGCCAAGCUCUAGUAUCCCUGCGAAUAAUCCUUUGGUAACUCAGCUGUUGCAGGGCAAAGAUGUUCCCAUGGAGCAGAUUCUGCCUAAACCUCUCACCAAAGUUGAAAUGAAAACUGUUCCACUAACUACAAAAGACGAGAAGGGGAUGGGAGCACCCACAGGUACCAACAUAACAGAGAAUAGCACCAGAGAGGAAGUUAAUGAGAGACAGUCCCAUCCAGCCACGCAGCAGCUGGGCAAAACUUUGCAAAGUAAGCCGCUCCCCCAGGUUCCAAGACCCCCUCAGCUCUUUUCAGGUAAGGAUCUAAGGGACUCCGGCAUUGACACACACCAGUACCAGGAAGGACUUAGUAAAGCAACUCAAGAUCAGAUCCUUCAGACUCUCAUCCAGAGGGUUCGGAGGCAGAAUGUUUUCUCAUUUGCGCAACCCUCCCAGUUCAACUUUACCCACUCAGGUUUCCAGUUAGAGGACAUCUCCACAAGCCAGAGGUUCAUGCUGGGUUUUGCUGGCAGAAGGACAUCCAAGCCUGCAAUGGCGGGUCACUACUUACUGAACAUUUCCACCUAUGGCCGGGGUUCGGAGAGCUUUAGGAGGACCCAUUCUGUAAACGCCGAAGACCGGUUUUGUCUAAGCAGCCCCACGGAGACCUUGAAAACGGGAUGUACAGACUGUAAGGAUGCAGCAGGAGACAGCAGCAGCAGCAGCAGCAGCAGCAAAGAUACUGACGAGGAAAGUACUGGUGACGAGCAAGACUCGGUCAUGGUGAAGGAGGAGCCACAGGCUUCCGAGGGUUCUGCCAAGUGUGAAGCCAGUUCAGGACCCCACAGUAGAGAAACCCUCUCCAUCAAUGAUUGUUCCGCUAAAAAGAAUGUGAAGGCAGAGACACCAGUGCCUGAGCAAACCACUUUAAACAAGGAGAAUUACCUGUUCACUAGAGGCCAAACGUUUGAUGAGAAGACCCUAGCCAGAGAUUUUAUUCAGGCAGCACAGAAGCAGAUGGCUCAUGCAGUGAGAGGUAAGACCCUGCGGAGCAGCCCUGAGCUUUUCAAUCCUGCUGCCCUUCGUCUGCCUGCAGACAGUCCUACCCAUCAGCCUCUACUCCUCCCACCACUGCAAACCCCAAAGCUGUAUGGAAGCCCGACACAGCUCGGGCCAAGCUACAAAGGCAUGAUCAAUGUCGCCACAUCAUCCGACAUGGACCAUAACUCAGCUGUACCGGGGAUGCCUGACUGUAGCCAGGUAUCCAGCAAUGUCAGUGAUGUCAUGUCCUUCUCCGUGACUGUCACAACCAUCCCUGCCAGCCAAGCUAUGAAUCCCAGCAGCCAUGGCCAGACCAUUCCCGUUCAGGCCUUUCCUGAAGAGAACAGCAUAGAAGACACGCCUUCAAAAUGCUACUGCCGAUUGAAAGCCAUGAUCAUGUGCAAGGGGUGUGGAGCUUUCUGCCACGAUGAUUGCAUUGGCCCCUCCAAACUGUGUGUCUCCUGCCUCGUCGUUCGGUAAAGACUAGCGAGAGAACACACUGUGAAGGAGACAGGAAGGGGGAAGGGUUGGCGGAUGUGGGUUUUGCGUCCUUUUGGAAUCACAGAAAUAAACAAGUAGGUUUCAGUUGUCUUAAGAGACAAACGUUAAUCAGGAAUACAGAGUACAGGUCUUACAUUUUAGAGGAAGAGCACCUUGUAUAGUAAGUCCAAGUCAAGCAAGACUUUGUGAAUUUGUGACAAGUUUGCACUUAGAAAAUCAUGUAAAUAUGUCACAUCUUGUUUUAACAUUUUCCCAGGUGUUUAGGUAAUAAUGCAUUACUUUGACUUCAGAUUGAUGUUCCACGUCACGUGACUCUGAGAAGUUGACUGCCGUACGUGGUGAAAGGAAGCGAUUUCCCUUCUGCCCUUUCCUAAGAGGCUAGGAGAAGGAAGGAGCAGAGGAUGGUCUGAAGAAAUGACCGUUCAUGCUGAUUACGUCUUGACAGUCUGACCGCAGGCUUUACAUAGAUUAUUCAGCCUUCGCAGGAUUUGCAUUCAGGGUUUAUUUUACUCAGUCCCUUUACCUUAGAUGGAACCUUCUUAAGUUCAGAUUUUUGAUAUAAGGUCGUGUUUCAGACUCUGAAAGUUCUGGCUUGGUUCUUGGCUUCCGUAAACAAGUGCUAUUGCCAGGCACUCUGAUUGCAAUUUGUGGAUCCCUGCUGUUCCCUCAUCCCACACCCCUGCCUUGCAGCAAGGAAUGUGGUCCAUGAAAGGUAUGCCUUGCUGUGGGCCCCUUGUGUGACCGUCACCUGUUCAGGACAGCAGUUCCAGCAAUAAUGUCCAAGGAUGUAGUCCUUCAUGGGAGCUUACAAACAAGUUUAAAAUAUUAGUAGAAAAUGAACAGAAAAGUGUUGGUGAUGGGGUGAUUUGAACUAUAUGUUUUGUUGGGUAAGUGGAGUAAAGUUGCAGAAACUUUUGAAAUGAACAUAACUUUGGAAAAUGAUCUUAACACUAGAAACAAGGUAAACCUCUCUUUUCCUCUUCUCUCCCAACCCGUUACCUAGUGUUCUGCAGUCAGCUAUUGCUACAGGUAGAAACACUCAUUAAGGCCACAUUUGUCCAUUCUCUUUUUUGACCUCCAAAGCAUCUGAGAGUAUGGGAAUGAUCUUAUGUAUUACUUUGAACAUACUUAUGUGUGCACAUAUGCAUGGUAAAAGUCAGACGCUUCUUAUUUUAGAAAACAUGUCCCCUGUUUUGGAUUACUGCUGUCUGUGCACUAGAAAUUUCUAAUGUAAAGGGGCUUUAGUGAAUGGCUAAGGGAACAUCUAGAAAGGAAGAGAAAUCAGCUCCAAAUUUUUGUUGUUGUUUGGUUAUUUACUUUGUCGUUGGUGUUUCAAUCCUGCCUCUAGUGACUGAAGAAUUUUUGAGCACAUACAUUUAGGUUGUGAUUAAAGAACAUUAAAAUAAAUUUACUGUUUACCAGAAUUUGGUAUGAAGUUGGGGAUUGUCAAUGUGCAUCAUUUGCAUAUUGGUUGCAAAUCUCCUAAUUUCACGUGUGUAAAGGACAUGUGUUAGUAGUGCAAACUAGUACAGUUGUACUGAAUAUUCAGGAUGUGAUAUUUACAAAAUGCAGAACAAGUUCAACUCAUUGAUGAAGUCACAUUCCAGACUAGGGUAAAGUAGGUAGUAAUAAUCUUUGCUUUGCCCCCAUUCUGUUUACCCACCCUCCCUACCUCACCUGCAUUUUUCACACACACUUUAAGCUUUGAAACCCAAGAAGACGCUAUUUACUAUUUUUUAUGUUUUGCUUUUGAGGUUUUUGUGGCCCAAGGAGAAUAUAGGAUUAAUAUUUGUGUUCCGUUUUCAGCCAAGACAAUUUACUGUCCUUCUAACUUCGAUUUUUCUUCCAGCAUACACACAGUAAGAGAUACGAAGUCCGUAAGGAGCAUGUUCUCUGGCCAAUAACCAGUAGGAAACAGAAACCAUGGUCCUGUUUCCAGUCUCUCAGCGCCCUAGGUAAUCCAAGGGGGUGUUAAAAAGACCUCUUGCAGCUGAAAACUCUCAAUGCCCAGCUUCUUCACUUCCCACUUCGGUGGCGGGACUGAGGGUGGUCUGCCUGCCAGAAGUGGGUGGCCUGGUCAGAACUGACCCCCUGCUGAACACGAAUUCUCAGUGUGGAUUUUCAAAAUGGUUUUUCUUCUUCACACCUUUCCUACCAUAGAAAGUCUCUCCUCUCUGGUUCUCUUCAUCUGAAAAUGGACAGACUAACCAGGAAAGGAGGAAAGGCAUCAGGGAUUUUCAAGUUCAUUUAGAGAGCAAACCAUAUCGUGCCUAUUCAUCUUGACCGAGGCUCUUGCAGAUAGGUCCUGAGCGUUAGGAUUCACCAGAUCCUCUUAACGAAUGAGAGCCAGCUGAUAGAAGAUUCACAUUCGUGAAUACGCCCCUGAAAUAAACUAGAUACACUGCCUCAAUCUUGACUAAAUGAGAGAAUAGAUUCUCUUAGGUUGGUGGGAAAUUGGAUACAAUCCAUUUACCAGUUGGUUUCAAAACAGUGGUUUCUGGCAGAAGGUUAUUCCAUCUUAGGUGCUGACUUGAGCUGAAUAGAAAAAAGGAAAAACUACACUCUGGCCCUUUUGAAAAUGGAGCAGUAGGAACAGGAAAAUCUUUAAAUUAUUAAAAUGUGGUAUUCUAGUACCUUUAAAGCAGUUUUUAUCUUAGGUUUUCAGUUACCUUACCAUUCAAUUCAAUCUGAAAUGUUUCGACUAAGUGCUAAGCUUAUUUUUGUGGUAUUAAGUUGCACUGUUUCCAGUGACUAGUCAGGCAUCAUGCCUGAUGCUUAUGCCUCCAGCAGGGUGUGCUGCUCAAGCCUUCGGGUACCUUCCAUUGCGCGUCACCUUGGGGAGAUGGCAUUGACAGUAUAUCAUCUCAGUCUUGCUUAUGAAUGUCCCAAGUUGUCUGGUAGAGAACACUCCUGAAUCUUAAAGAAUUUUUGAAAUUCUCCAUCCUGUAAGCAGAAAGUAAAGCCAAAUAACCUGGAGUUGAUUGUCCUGCUUUAGCCUUGUGUUGAAGAGGCUGAAACUGUCUGUGGCACCCCAUGCAACGAUUUUAAGAAUAAGGUCUGGCAGAUGGGCACCUUUUCUUGGGGGUAAUGGAAGCAUACUUACAUGGGCUGGGAAGGCACACAGUGUAGAUAUUUUAGGAGUUACCACGGAUUUAAAUAAAUAGCCAAAGGAAGACCUCAUUGCCUUCCAAGUGAAGGUAUAAAUUCAUACAUAUUAAUAAUCUGACAGUUUACCAUCCUAAUCGCUUUUGUUGCCUUUCUUCACCUAAGGGUCCUUAAAGAACUCUCGGGUGAAAUUACUUGUUACAGUGAGGGGGUCUUUGGUCAUUACACUGCUGUUUGUUUCUGGGACUCGCUGUCAGUGAGCAGUACCAGGGUUGUUUUCUCUGUAACCUAGAGGUUUCACUUCACCGCAAGGAGAGAAAAGUCUCCCUAUUGCACUACAACAGUGUACUAAGUAAAAAAAAAAAAAAAAAAAAAAAAAAAAAAACUUGGCCAAGGGUAGGUUUCAGCUCAAUGUAUAGAAUAGUCCAAAGAGACUCUGAGAAACAUGAUGAUAGGCAGGGAUCUUUCCUUCCAUGUUUCAAUACCUACAUAACCUAUUGAAAGAGAGCAAUAGGUAAAACAGUUCCUAAAGUUGAAAUAAGAGCUUCAUAGAUUCUUGGUUACUUUAUUUUUUUUAAUGCUUUACAUUUGAUACAACUAUUAAAGAUCAAUUUAAAAAUAGCUUUCCAGUAAUAUAUUUUAAGUAAUAUAUAUUUUAAUAUCUAUGUAAAAAGACGACAGUGGAAGACUUUGAAUUUCUCAUAUAUGGUAUGUUUAAUGUAGGACCUCACUGUUAAGGCACAAAUUAUUUCAAAGGAAGUUACUCUAAAGACACUCAGAUUAUUUCCAAAACAACAACAAAAAAAAUGCAAUAAGGGGGAUAGUUUUGGAGUUUAUUUUUUAUUUUAAGAGAAAAUUGACUUAUUUACUGCAAGCUAUUUUCUUCCCUUCUGGCUGUAAGGUUUGUACAGACGGGUUUGGUAAAUGCUAAACUUUUGUGUCUUUGCCUUUUUAAAGGAAUUGUUAACAUUGGGAUUGAGGGUAUGUACAGAGAAGUUGGUGUCAACACCAUUUAAAAAGUCAUAUUUUUUCACAAAUAUAGAAAAUCAUUUUACAUAAGAAUUUUAAGUAUUUGCAAUAAAUAUAUGUAUAUAGAUUGUAUGUAUUCAUAUAUUCUUAUUUUUCAUUUUAUUAUUAAGUAAAAGAUAAUUAAAGUGAAAAUAAAAAACCUUGGAGUUUUUGGUGCAUCUCGAGGUGUGACAUCCAUGUGAGUGGGGUGGGUAGGGGCCCUCAGUUGUUGCCUUAUAUGCAGCAGAGAGUGCGUACAUGAUAGUAAAAUGAAGGCUUUGGUGAUAAACAGAUCAGGGUAGCGUGUCUCUUUCAAAACUCUAGUAAAAAUAUUAAAUUCUCUUCAUCUGUCUGUGCUUUCACCCCUGAACUGUUCUGUCUCCUAACUACUUAAUGUUACUGGGAGGGUAAAAAACAAAGGAAACACGGUGUGUUCUCUUUUCUGCUGUGCCCAUUGUUUGCUUCUAAAAUAAAAUGGUAAGAAAAUAUCGGGGGGAGGGGUUCUUUCUCCACAGUGGUUAAUGACUCACUAGCAAACCUUCCACUGCCACCACCUCUCUUUAUGUGAAGAGAUAAUGUCACGAAGAUAAUAGCCUUUUUUCUGUGUCCCUUCUCCAAGAAAUGAGGUUCGUAGCCAGGUUUAUGUCCUUUCUGAUUGAUCUGAAGAGGAGGUAGGAGAACUCGAAUGUUCAUUUCCCCUCCUGUCGGGGCAUUUAUGGGAAUGAGAGGUUAACCAGUCCUGUUGCCCGAGAGAAGUCCUUUUGUGGUGGUAAACACUUGAUUUUAGGGUGUGACUGAGGGAGCAGAAGGCUACCUAGAUAAUCUUUGGAAAGGAAAAUAUAUAGCUCAUUCUUUAAAAAUGGAUCCUAUAUUGGGGGACCCGAAAGGAAGGUCAGAUUUUGAAGAAUGUAUCUUAGUGACCCACGCAACACCUAGUUCACUAGUUCUCCCCAUAAUUGCUCAGCUGUGGUUAUUUUCACUGAUAAAAAUAGCAAUUUGGGGGCAUUAGGGUAGUAGAAGGCUUUUUUUAAAAUAUUCAUUCUUCAAAAAUUAAAAAUUCAAACAUACGAGUUGCCCAAAGCCAUUGAAGAUAGUUUAGGUGUCUAAGAGAACAGCACUAGAUCUGCUGAAAUACACUAUUUCUAAAGGAAAAUGUUAAGUCGCAGGGAACAUCUGCAUCCUGGUAAUUCAUUCUCAUAUAUGGUAGAUGUGCAUGAAGGUGAAUUAUUUAAAUGUGUAUGGACCCGUUACAAAGACACCCUCCCCCCCAACUUCUAGAACGUACUUAACUAUUUGCUCCUACCUCACGGGAAGUGAAAUUUAUGUUCAGGUAAUGACAGGGCUCUAUAGUUGGGCUGCAGUUGAGUAGGAAAGCAAUACACCAGAAAACAGCUUCAACUUGGAUCCCCAGCUUUCCUUUAUUUUUAUCACAGAGUCUUAGAAACCUGUGUUCACUGCUUUUAACACUAGUUGACCAAGAAUGGUCUUCACAAAUCAAAUUUCACAUAAUGUUUCUAGUUGUUUUUGUACAUUGAUUGAAGUUACUCACUAAAUCAGAUACUGUUUUGAACUCGUGUGCUAGGCACGGUGCUGAAAUUCUGGAUGAGCAAGGGCAAAGACAGGCAGUCUAGGAAACGGUAAAAGGUCUUCCUAGAGCAGUACCCAUUCAGCACGUGUCUAGUUCUGAGCUCGAGGAGUAACUUAUGCUGUGUUGUUUCCCAAGACAAGAUUUUAAGAAAUGAGCUAUGAAAUAGAAGCACUUGAGGUGCUGGGCAAAACAUGAAGGAAGAAAAGAAAGUGAGCCAGGUUAAUAAAAUUUACCUUUUUUGAGACCUAUCAUUAGAAGGUCUAGAGUUGAUAGAAAUUUCAAGAAAUCGAAAUGGAGAAAAUGAGGCUGAAAGCAAACCUUUUCAAUUAAUUCCAUUCAGUGCCCAGUAAAGAUGCUACUACAUCUUAGCUUCGACUAACCCUUUCAAAUGACAGUUUGGUAAAUAACAGCUCUCCUAUCAGGCCCAAAAUAAGCUAAAGGGAACUUAAACAAAAACCACUUUGAUUAUAGAGUAGUGAGGAAGAAAUGUGGUUAUUUAAAAUUGUUGAGAGGAGUUCGUGUCAUGGCUCAGUGGUUAACGAACCCAACUAGUAUCCAUGAGUACGUGGGUUCAUUCCCUGGCCUCGCUCAGUGGGUUAAGGAUCUGGCGUUGCCAUGAGCUGUGGUGUAGGUCACAGAUGCAGCUCAGAUCCUGCAUGGCUGUGGCUGUGGUGUAGGCCGGCAGCUGUAGCUCCAAUUCAACCCCUAGCCUAGGAACCUCCGUAUGCCGAGGGUGCGGCCCUAAAAAGACAUAAAUAAACAAAAUUGUUAAAAGAGAUUUCAUUCCCUGUUUUUUUGUUGUUGUUUUUUGUUUGUAGAAUUUGCUUUUUUUUUUUUCUCUCCCUAUUUCUGAGUCACAGAACUUGAAUUAAAAGAGGCCUCACCAGGACACUAGCUCUUAUAAAGUGACUUAAAUCCUAAUUCUUUUAGGACUUUCUGGAAGGUUUUAAAAGAAUAAAUUAUAUUUUGUCACUGCUUAUUGAAAUUGCCGUACCAGGAUUAUUGGGCUUUCAACUUGAAUUCUAUAUUGCAAAAUAUGCGUGUUUGCUUUUGGGUCAAAAAGGUUUUAGGUGUAUUCCAUCUCGUAAUAUAGUCUGUCCAGGAAGUAGAAGAGUAGAAUCCUGUAUUUUCCUUAUACUUAGCAAUCUUAAACAGGAGAUUAGGUUUCUUACAUCAGGACUGCGUAAGGAAUCUCUGUACCUCUGUGUAGCUUGCUUUCUUAACAUGAAAAGGGAAUCCCUACAAAAUGUCCUUAUGACAGGAAGGACAGGCUAAACCUGGAAGCAAGAGGUCACCACCUCUCUGUGGAGAUGGUCUCUGACUCGAUAGCAGCCUAUCCCGAAGAAUAACUGCAAACUCAGCUUCCCUGGUUCUUAAAGCUCAAUCUAAAGGGAAUUUUUAAAAUCCUGAUUUUCAUCUGGACUGCAAAACCUAGUGAAUGCCCAGGGGAGAAGAAAAGUAAAUCCAACAUUGGAUUAAGAUUUAAGUAAACUUGGAAUUGUGCUUUUACUGAAAUUUUUUUUUAAGAUUUGGCGUUCCUGUAACAUGAAUUGCCAUGAGUGGAACAUGGAAUUUGAUUUGAGGCAUUUUGUGCACUAAGUAAUGGUUUUCUGUUGAAAUCUCUAGUGGCAGCUUCUGCCACUGAUCAGGAUUUAGGGCUGUGCACUCGUGUUUUAAGUGAUGCAGACACUGGCUCAUAAAUACCACAUUAAACCAACCUGACUCACAUGCUUCAUUUUAUUAAUUUUAAUCAUGGAUCUUCUUUUAAAGUACUUAAUAUCUAAAUUUCAGAUUAGCCUAAUCAGAAAGCAGUGCAUUAAAUGUUAUCAAAAUAUCUGAAGAUACUUUAGAACUGUUUUACACAUGGUCUGUAUCCUUCCUAUGGAAAGUGUGAUAACAUAAAAUUUUAUAUUUCUUGGAUCAGUUCUUCUCAAAAGCCAGUGUCUAAUGUUUUCAGAUACCUAGAGCUUGGAAAUGAUGGAGUUGAAGUUCAAGCACAAGUCAGUAGUUCUGUUCAUUUUAGGUUUUCAGGCACAGCAAUUUGAAGACUUCAGUAGUGACCCCAUUUGAACCUAUAUAUAUAUAUAUAUAAUCAUUUUAAUGAAACUUUCAGAUUCUCAAAUUUGGUCUCCUGUUUGUUGCAUAAGGAGAUAAAUUCUGGGCUGGGAAGGACCUGCUAGUUCUCUGAUAAUAAACUGAUUGAAGAACAAUUUGUUCUUACAGAUUUCAUGAAAUUUCUAAAACUCAUUAAAGAUCUAGAGUACAUGACAAAUGAAACUAUAGAAAUUAAACUUUUCCUUUAGCUGUAAGUGCUAUGACCUUUUUUUUUUUUUUUAACCCCCUCUUGAUUCUGCAGCUCAUUGCAUCACACCUUAAGACUCUCACCAGCACCAAGAGAAAUCAGAAUGGAAAAAAUGACCUUAUGUUGGUCUUACUCACUUUAAAAUCUUUGUGCACAUAGGCCUUAGCACUUUGACAGAUAAAGCUCUGCCUUUUAGCUCCUUCUCUUGUCUUUAUUCCUCCCACUUUUAGACUGUUCCUUUGAUGGUCAUAUAAAACUACCUUCAGAAUUGAAUGUAUAGUAAUGUUUCUGCACAUGGACAAACUGUAUUUUAAUGACUCGUGUUGAAUAAAGGCAUACAGUUUUACUCUA